GUUUUUGGAUUCAUACUGUGAAAUAUUUAAAAAUACGGGCAUUUAAUGCAAAAUAAAGACCGAAAUAUGGAUUUAAGUACCAUAAACCUGAUUUUUCAAACCACAGAAAAGACAACAUCUUAUUGGGGUGAAUCGUUUGCGCAGUUACAGAACUAUAGAAUACUAAAAACUGUCAUCUCGAGUCUGUCAAUCUUUGGUUCAUUAGCUAUCAUCUUGACCUACUUCCUAUUCCAAGAUUUACAAACAACAUCAAGAAAAUUUCUUGUUUGUAUAUCAAUUGGUGAUUUCUUUACUGUCUUGCCUUACUUGAUUAAAACGUGGACGGUAAAUAGUCACAUGAACUGUGUUGCACAGAGUUUUGUUUCAACAACUGCAGUAAUGUGGUCGUUUUUUUGGACUUCAUCUCUUGCAAUAUACUUAUACCUUGUUAUUGUGAAGAAAAAUCAAGGACUGGCUGACAAAUUAAUGCCAUACUUUCAUGUCAUAAAUUGGGGCUUUCCUUUAACACUGGUUGCUGCUUCCUGGAACAAGUUAGGUCAGGGUUAUGCUCAUGAUUCUGGUGGAUGGUGCUGGAUUGACCUCAUAAAGAUGAAGAAAGAUGAAGCUAUUGUGUGGAUGUUAGCCUGCGGGAAAUUUUGGGAAAUUUUAUCAUAUUUUGUAGAUGUGAUACUCUGUUUUAUUGUGACAAGAAAAUUAAAUGCCGAAGUGAAAGAAAGACAGAAUAUCAACAUAUCGUCAGAAUCAACUCAAGCAACCAUACAGGGCAAAAGAAAACUCAUUUGGGCACCAUUACUAUUUGUUUUUCUUCGGAUUUGGGGAACUAUUCGGUUUUUGCUUUUUUGUUUUAAAUCACAUCAAGGACAGGGCGAUCUUAGUGAAACUCUGAUUGUUUGUCAUAUCAUUGGAGAUUCAUCUCAAGGAUUCGUCUAUUUCAUUUUGUUCUGUUUGCUGACACGAAAGUUCAGAGAAAAUAUCUGUGGAGCAUGGUGCAGGUUCCGCAAGGUGAAAAUUGAAGGUAGGCCAGACAGUUUGAAAAGUCACAAGCAUAGAUAUCUGCUGGAGAAUCAAAAAAAUAUUGUAUUUUACACAUAAACUACAAUAUCUCACUUGGUUGGUAGCCACAUUUGAAGUGAAAAUCUCCCCAAAUGCAAUCAUAAAUAGUUUCAGUAAUCGACAAGUAAUUAGUGAGAUUGCGGAAUUAGUUAUUAUUAUUAGAAAAUUAAUUAAUAAUCCUAAAUGAUAUAAAUUAAUCAGAUUUUUAAAUGCAGUAAAAAAUUUCCAAUGUAGACAUUAAACUCAAAAAACACAAAACGUUGUUAAUUACAACAUUUUAUUAAAUAUUUCACAUGG